AUGCCGGACACCAGACAAGGUACUCAGCAGCAACUGCCAAUUCGAAAACUGACAGUGAACCGUGAAACCAGACGUAACAAUUCCAGCCCAUAUAGGAGGGGGAAAGACCUGAAGCAACGACUUGGCUGGUCUGAUGUGUUCCAUAUGAUAGCCAGAAGUCUCACUGCCGUCAGAUGUGGCCUGUUGAUCGGAUUCAGGGGCAUAGAUGCCAUGUCAACUGGAGAAAAGCACGACGGCUGA